AUGGCUAAUAAAAAAAUGGAUUAUCAGAAGUGGGAAAAUUUGAAAGGCCAAGGCCAAAUUCCCUUGGAAAAUAGCCAGAAUGGUAAUAGUGAGCCGAUAUUUGAGAAUAUGCCAGUAUUGGAUAAUGGCCAGGAAGAUCCACUUUUAGCUCUAAGUGUGUCGACGCCUGAGCUAUAUAAGCUAAAGCAGUCUUUAAAACGUUGGGCAUGAUGGGUGAGGCUCUCAUGCUAUUUUAUGAUUUUCUUUUCUAUGCUUGACUUCAUAGUUAUUUUAAAAAAUUAUGUGUGGGCAAGUGGAGAUGCCAUGCUGUUUUUGAGAAUGGGAAUGGGAUUUGGGGGUUUUGUAACUGCAUGACUAGGAAUAAAGGCUAGUAAACACAAGAGCGGAAGAUAUUCAAAGUGGUAUUCUUAAUAAAUUGAAUUGAAAUAGGUAUAGAAAUUGACGAAAUAUCUGCAUAAAUAUUGUAAAAUAAAAUACUUAGGAUGCCUAUUGGUAGUCAUAGUGGGCGCAAUAGCCAGCUUAAUAGUUUCUUGGGCUGUAUGGGUAUUUAUGAAAAACAGGGAUAAAUUGCAUAAUUUUAUAUAAAUUAAAAAAUUGAUAUCAAUUUUAUAGUUAAAAUUUAAGGCAAGAGUUUUUUCAUGAUAACUGGCUGUAUACCAGCCGAAGAAACUUGUAUAUGAAAACAGAGAAUUGAAAAAAAUUGAAGGCAAACUUAGAGAGAAUGUUUUAAGCAUAGAAAAUGCUGAAUUCAGAGCUGAUAAUGGUCUGCAUAUAAUAAUAAUAUCACACAGGAGGAAGUGGUUUCGGAGAAAAGCAUUUUCGUGUGUAAUUAUUUUAUUAUUAUGUGUUCGGUUUAUAUGAUAUAACUUUAUCCAUGCAAAACACGGCUUAUCCUUACUCCCCCCUCCCCUUCCGUGAGUGAACAAAACCAUUAGAAAAAUCGCUAUUUUUUGCCCAAAAGCCCACCCUCCGUGAGUGAACAAAAAUUUUUUUAAUAGAAAAAUUUUUUAUGGAAAAAAAAUUUAAUAUAUAAAUGAUAAUUAUUAUAAUGAAAUAUAGAGCUAAAUCUGUUUAAUUUUAAAACAAAUUGAUUUUUAAAACAUAAAUUUUGCAAAUUGAAUUAAUGUUUGCUUUCCGAUUUUUGUGAAUUAGGAUUUUUUUAAAUUUUGAAAAAAAAUAUUUUUUAAAAACAAAUUUAACCCCCCUCCGUGACUGAACAAAAUUUAUCUGUUCACUCACGGAGGGGGGGGUUAGGGCCAGACAGUUUAGCCUAGUAAUUCUAAGAGGCAUAAGAGUUUUACCCCUUGUAUAUCCGAGAGGGUGACCUUUGGCGAAUACGUGUAGGAGUUAAGUCUAGAGCGAGGCAAUAGAUCCUGUGAUAUCUGGCCUACCCAGGUGAGUGUGGAAGUUUCAGAAUGCCCUCAUAUCUGGUGACAUCAACACCAUUUUGGUUGUUGGGGAUCACACAAGUCAUUAGGUGGGGGGCUUAAAGGAUGGACCCAUCAUGCCUAGAUCACCCUGCAGAAGAAGCUGAUACGUUAAAAACUAAUUAAUCAAGCAGUAUAAUGGUCUACAGAGCAAUCCUAGUGCAGUGGAUCCUGCAUUGGAAGAUUUUUCUGACUAUGUAGGUAGUAGCAUGGACCAAUCACAAAUUUUAAGCGAUUCUCAAAUAAAUUCAGAAGACGCUCCAACAGUAUCAUCAAUUCAAGAAGCAUCCCAAAAUAAUCGAGAAAGCCAAGAUUACAAGGAAGAUGGCUUAGAAAACGCUUGAACUGAAUGGAAUUAUUACGACUAUGACGAUUGAGCUACAGACAGUUCAAUUUUAUCAGAAAAUAAAAAAUGGUACCAUGACUCAAAACAAAAAUUAGUCAAAAGUAAGUCAAGCCCAAUCCUCAGCUUAUUCAAUUACAAACUAUACUCUUUUUAAAGAGCUCGAAGCCCUUUAGUCUAUUAUUAAAUAUUAUUUUGAUCUAGCAGGCCAUUUAUUUAGGCCUCGGGCUUUUAAAAUAAGUAUAUUUAAACAAAAUCACAAAGCAGCUGCAGCAUUUUCAAUCUCCUUAACUGGCAUCAUCAGUGCAUUUUUUGUGUUUUUUGCAUAUAAGCUUCACAAUGGCAUUAAACAAAAUAAACACAUAUUAGCGCAUGUUGCGCCUCAAGAAAACCUUAAUUAUCUUUAA